AUGCUGCGCAUCGCACUCCUUGCCUUGGCCGCCGUCGCCGGUACCUACGCCAAGCCCGCUCCUCCGGCUGGCGUCUACAACAUUAACGAUUUCAUCAACGUCACCCUCGGCACGCUCGACGUCAGGAAGUUCAAAGCACCGGAAUUCUUCCCGAAGGAACUUUAUGACGAGUUCACCCCCGGCUUCAAGACAUUCCUCGAGGCGUUCGACACCGAUGAGGUCCGAGCCGUGAAAAAGAUCUGGGAGUACCUCAAGACCAGCACCGACCCUCGCGAUAAG